AUGGAGAAAAAAGAAGCGUCUGAAGUUGCUUCCAAUAUGGUAGUUCAUGUCUUUACGUAUUUUGGCCUUCCAUACAUAAUCCAUUCAGACAGAGGAAAGGAAUUUGUGAACGAACUUAUAAGGAACUUAGUGGAGCAAUGGCCAGGCAGUUGCAAGUUGAUAAAUGGCAAAGCACGAUCUCCAUGGGUGCAAGAAUUAGUUGAAAGAACUAAUGCCUGUGUCGAGGAUAUGAUAUCAUGCAAACAACGGGACCUUCAAAGCAACGAAUGGGCGUCUUAUUAUUUAUUUAGCAGUUGGUCAACUUGUCAACUUGGUUUGACAGUUAGUCAACUUGGUUUGACAUUUAGUCAACUUGGUUUGACAUUUAGUCAACUUGGUUUGACAUUUAGUCAACUUGGUUUGACAUCCUGUCAACUUAGUUUAACAUUCAGUCAACUUGAUUCACUAAAUACUCGCUCAUCGCGAGCUACAAAAAAAAAGUCCAUUCGAAGUGGUUUUUUGGCAACACCCUAA